AUGCAGUUGCUCUCACUUCUCGCCCUCACGGGGGUCGCCAGCGCCAUCAACACCCGCGGUUCUCGCGGCGCAGCGCUCGAGCGAAAGGGCAUCAAGCUCCCGCAGCCCAGGAGCGCGCCGAAGCACACUGCUCCGCUUGUGAAGCGCGAUGGUAAUGCUACUAUCAUCCCGCAGACCGAGAAGACGGCGAAAUUCGUCGUGAACGGCACUGCCGGCGCUAUACCUGAAGUCGACUUCGACAUUGGCGAGAGCUACGCUGGUCUGAUGCCCAUCAGCGACAAGGCAAACGAGACGAACGAGCUUUACUUCUGGUUCUUCCCGAGCGCGAACGAGGAUGCUGGGGAUGAGAUCACCAUCUGGUUGAAUGGCGGCCCCGGUUGCUCCUCCCUCGAGGGUUUCCUCCAGGAAAAUGGGCCCAUCUCCUGGCAAUACGGAACCCCCAAGCCCGUGUACAACCCGUGGAACUGGGCAAACUUGACCAACAUGGUGUGGGUCGAGCAACCUGUCGGUACCGGAUUUACCCAAGGCGAACCAACUGCGACUAGUGAAGAAGAGGUUGCAGCGCAAUUUGCGGGUUUCUGGAAGAACUUCCUAGACACUUUUGAUCUUUGUGGUCGCAAGGUCUACAUCGCUGGCGAGUCUUACGCCGGCAAGUAUAUCCCUUACCUCGCCAACGAGUUCUUGGACCAGGAGGACAAGGAGUACUAUGAUGUGAAGGGUAUCAUGAUCUACGACCCUUCUGUGGCCUCCGAUACUCUGCUCGAGGACAUCCCCUCGGUGCCCUUCGUUGACCGCUGGUCUGGCCUCUUCAACUUCAACCAGUCCUUCACAGAUGAAAUCCACCAGCGCGCUGAGAUGUGUGGGUACACCGACUACAUGGACACAUAUCUUACCUUCCCUCCAAUCAGCAAACUGCCCACUCCCAACUCUACGAACAGGGACGAUGGGUGCGCUAUCUGGAGCGACAUUAUCGAUGCCGUCAUGCUCACCAACCCCUGCUUUGACGUUUACCAGGUGGCUACAACAUGCCCUUUGCUUUGGGAUCAGCUUGGCUUCCCCGGUUCCUUUGAUUAUCUGCCCGAGGGUCAGCAGAUCUACUUCAACCGCACCGACGUGCAGAAAGCCAUCAAUGCGCCUAUCCAGCCCUGGGCAGAGUGCCAAACCGCUCUUGAGACUGACACCUCGGUCGACUCCUCGUGGGUCGUUCUCCCGCGUGCCAUUGACGCGCUUGACCGCACCGUCAUCGUGCAUGGUGAUCUGGACUUCAUCCUCUUGUACAACGGCACGCUUCUUACCAUCCAGAACAUGACGUUCGGUGGAGAGCAGGGUUUCCAGGAAGCGCCCUCGGACGCCUUCUACGUUCCCUACCACGAGGACUACAGCCUCGAGAGCUUGAGCGCCAGCGGCAUCAUGGGCAUCACUCACACCGAGCGCAAGCUCACAUGGGUGCAGCAGGCACUCAGCGGACACAUGGUGCCGCAGUACCAGCCCAGCAGUGGUUACAGGCAGCUCGAGUUCUUGCUCGGUCGCGUUGACAGCUUGAGUUCGAGAGACCCUUUCACGACGCAGAAGUGGGUGGAGCAGCCGCAGGCCAAUGCUACGGAUUUCAAGGUUCACGCUGAGAAGUCGCGUAGCAACAGCAUGAGGAUGCCGCGAAUGUACUAG